AUGCAUGCAGUUAUCGACAGACAAAAGAAUCAUGGUAUGCACUUUCGUGUACUAGCUAAAGCAUUACGUUUGUCUGGUGGAGAUCAUGUUCACUCCGGUACCGUAGUAGGUAAACUUGAAGGGGAAAGAGAAAUCACUUUAGGUUUUGUUGAUUUACUGCGUGAUGAUUUUAUUGAAAAAGAUCGAAGUCGCGGUAUUUAUUUCACUCAGGAUUGGGUUUCUCUACCAGGUGUUCUGCCUGUUGCUUCGGGAGGUAUUCAUGUUUGGCAUAUGCCUGCUCUGACCGAAAUCUUUGGAGAUGAUUCCGUACUUCAAUUUGGUGGAGGAACUUUAGGACACCCUUGGGGAAAUGCACCAGGUGCUGUAGCUAAUCGAGUAGCUCUUGAAGCAUGUGUGCAGGCUCGAAAUGAAGGACGUGAUCUUGCUCGUGAAGGUAAUGAAAUUAUCCGUGAGGCUAGCAAAUGGAGUGCUGAAUUAGCUGCUGCUUGCGAAGUAUGGAAGGAGAUCAAAUUUGAAUUCCAAGCAAUGGAUACUUUGGAUUAA